CUCCUUGUCCCACAGUUCACCUGUUCUGAAGAAGAGAGGAGAAUUGCUCGAAUUCACAAUGUAUUCCUCAGAGAGGCACAAGAACGCCCAGGCUAUGCCGACUCCCUUGACUGGCUGAGUGCCCCACCGAGAGAUCUGGACAUUGACAUAGUGCUGGGUCAUGGAGCAAAGCUUGGUAAACAAGCUCAAUUCUUUAGAGAAUCGCACCAGUGCAAGUGGAUACAGGUAGUGCACACUGCGCCCGAAGAACUUGCAAUGCACAAAAACUAUCCCAAGGCUAUUUCUAAAGGUGAAGAGAAGAAUUUAACUGAAGUGACUUUGUGUAAGUUGGCAGAUGCUGUGCUAGCAGUCGGACCAAAGCUAACAGACGCUUUCUCCGCUCAGCUCCGCUCAUGCAAGAGUGAAAACGACAUCCUUCAACUGACUCCUGGAACUUUCCGUGAGUUCUCUGACGUAAAACAAGCCUCAAAGGAGAGUAACAAGUUUAAGGUACUGACGUUUGGCCGUGGUGACCCAGAGGACUUUAGCCUUAAAGGUUACGAUAUCUCUGCCAGAGCAAUAGUUGAACUAAAAGACAGGUCUUACUGUCUCAUCUUCGUGGGUGCACCUGACGGUAAACAGGAUGAGGUUGCAGCGAAUUUGCUGAAGAGUGGAAUUGAUAAAAACCAGCUGACCGUGAGGAAGUUUGUGCACAGCAAAGAGAGAUUGAAAGAAUUAUUUUGUGAAGUUGAUCUCUGCAUCAUGCCCUCUAGAACAGAGGGUUUUGGUUUGACAGCGUUAGAAGCGUUGUCUGCUGGUCUUCCCAUUCUUGUCAGUGGAAACUCAGGAUUUGGUGAAGCACUGUGCACUGUGCCAUCAGGCAAAUCAUUCGUGGUGGAGUCUGAGGACCCAGGGGAGUGGGCAAAGGCAAUUGCUGGUGUCCGACAGAAGGAGAGAUCAGAUCGACUUCAAGAUAUUCAGCAACUGAGGAGUUCAUAUGAAGAGAAGUUUAGCUGGGAGAAACAUUGUGACAGUCUUGUGGAGAAGAUGUGGGACAUAGUUCAUGCUUCUAAAAGACGAGACACAAGUUUUAGAGCUCGGCAAGGCACAUCAACUGAACAACUUACAGUUGAUUCAUUACUGACUCCAAGAGUUCUGAUACCAGCUCGCACUCUUGGUGGAAAGGGGAACUUGAAAUAUUUAACUUUAUUAUUUAAGAAGCCACACAAUGACCCGGAUGGAACAGAUCUGUUUCACUUUGUCCAUGGAUUUCAAACAUGGACUGAAUACCUGGUACACAUGGAACAAGAUGGUGCUUGGGGUGAUCACGUGAUUCUGUGUGCCGCAGCAAACUCCUUUGGAACGUGCAUUCGUGUGGUCAGCAGUCUAUCCCAUAGCAAUGAUGUAAUCAUUACGCCACAUUGUCCAGUAAACGAAAGCAAACCUCUUGUACUGGGACACAUUCAUGAGGUGCACUAUGUCAGCCUUCGACCCGUGCAAGGUUACAGUGGCAAGCCCCUACAGUCUAUUUGAUCGGCCCUUGUGAAGAGCCUGGCCUUACAGAGUGAUUUCAUAAGCAUAGAGACUAUUGAUACAAAUUAGAGCACUAGAGCUUUCUUCCGUCAAUUUUUCCAAAGUGAACUUUAAAAUGUUAGAUUUAAUUAGAGUUUCCAACGAUUUUUUCAACAGAAUAAGAACAAUAAUAAGGCCCUGUAAUGAAAAUUUUAUUUCUUGUAACAAAUGGCUGAUAUAUUGAAGAAAUGUAAAAUGGUUGCCGCGUUUACAUAGCCUGAUGUAAACACUUGGGAGGUUGGGGGAACACGAGAUAAGCGUAGGAAACCACGUAGUGUAGCGCUUUACUCACAACUAUAUCAUAGUCACAGCUUUCCCAUCCAUGAAUAGGAACUUUCUCGCUUCCUCGGCGAAUUCCUUCAAAAUACAUCUGUAAAAGGAAAAUUAUCGGUUUAACCGAAAGUUCGAUUUUUCUCGAUGUUGCGCACACAAAUCCCUAACGCUCUUUUGUUGUGUUUUAAAGGCAAAGAACACCGUUAUAAAAAAGAACAUGAAAAAACUUUUUCGCUAGAUACACCACCGCUAACUUACUUAACUUAACCUCACCUACGUAACAUGCACAACUGAAUAUAUUUUUACUGCUUGUUACAUAACGUUGUGUAAUGAAAAGUGAUCACACUAAAUUCUCUGGAAGUCAGCAAUACGAAAUGAACACUAAGUUCGGGUCCUAUUUGCAAUAAACAACAUGCAUAUCUUUGUUUUAUAUUCUCAAUAA